GCUCUUUGUAUCAUUGACGGCACCAUCAGAACAAUGUUUUCUCUCAGGGCCUUUCUCUGCUUGCUUAUGGGCUGUAGCCUGUCUGCAGGUGUUACAUUAAAUCUAGCUCCUCUAGAUGCUGAGGUGUCGCCACGAACUAAGACCAUGGUGAUUUGUAAUGGUGACCGUGCUGUCUUGAAAUGCGCAUAUGGUGUGCUUCAGAUAACCGACGCAAACUAUGGACGUACUAAUAGACGUGACUGUUCUGGAAGGCGUCCAGUCCUUCCCCAAAACACAAACUGCAUUUUCAACGCGCUGGCUCCUGUUUCACAAAGCUGCAAUGGGCUGCGAAGUUGUGAGCUUUUUGCUACAACUGAUAUCUUCACUGAUCCCUGCCCUGACAUGCGCUCAUAUCUUUCCGUCACCUACUACUGCCUCCCACCUGAAAUCCGUUCAAGUGCAGUCUGUGAAAAUGCCAUUGCUAACUUCAAAUGUGAGGAUGGAUCUCUCAUUCACAUCCAUGCUGCUAACUACGGGCGAACUGAUAGCAGCACAUGUGCUGCUGGACGACCUGCUUCCCAAACUGCCAAAACCAACUGCUAUGCCUCAAAUUCACAGACACUUGUUGCUAAUGUGUGUGAAGGGAAGAACAGCUGCUCCAUUUCAGCCUCCAAUGGUGUCUUCUCAGAUCCGUGUUAUGGCACAUACAAGUACCUGUACACCGCAUACUCCUGUGUGCCUCGGUUUUAUUGGAGCUGAUCUUGAAGAUUUUUAGCACCUCCACAUGUCUGCAUAUAAGUGUCUAAGCAUUUAUGUAACAAAAGCUUAAUUGUUAAGCUCAGUUAUUUGACAUCUUAAGCAAAAUGUUUACCAUGAGAUGGCAUAACUGUAAAAUACUAGUUUGCUAAGCUCUAUUCAGCAUUUUGUGCAGGUGUCUUGUACGAUGAUCAUCCUUGUGUUCUGAGGUUGUUCAAUAAACCCUUUUAAAAGAAAUUA